AUGCAUGAAGCUAAUGCCAUUGCUACACCUAUGAUCAGUGGCUCCAUUGUUUCUGCCCGACAAGGUGAUUCUUUAGCAGACCCAUAUCUAUACAGAAGCAUUGUUGGGGCGCUACAAUAUGUUACACUUACAAGGCCCGAAAUCUCUUAUGCUGUAAACAAAACCUGUCAGUUCAUGCAUGCACCUACCAUGAUUCACUCGCAGUUAGUUAAACAAAUCCUAAGGUACCUUAAAGGGACAUUUGAUAAUGGGUUACUUCUCACAAAACCUACUACAUUAACUCUUCAAGGAUACUCAUACGCAGAUUGGGCUUCCGACCCUGAUGACAGAAAAUCAACAUCCGGAUUUUGCAUUUACUUAGGUAAUAAUCCUAUAUCAUGGGGAUCUAAGAAACAAGCAAUAAUUUCACGUUCAAGCACAGAAGCAGAAUACCGUGCUCUUGCCCUCGCUGCCUCAAAAUUGAUUUGGUUGAAAACAUUGUUCUCGGAGUUGAGAAUUCUGAUCCCUAAUCCACUGAUUCUCUGGUGUGAUAAUCUUAGCUCAGUCCAUCUCAGUGCCAAUCCGGUUCUCCAUUCACGAACGAAGCACGUAGAAAUUGAUAUCUACUUCAUUCGGGAUCUUGUGAUUUAUGGCAAACUUCGUGUACAACAUCUCCCCUCUUGCGCAAAUCGUAGACGCUCUCACAAAACCUUUAUCAUCGGCACGAUUUCAGAUUUUGAAAAUCAAGCUCAAUGUCUACUCACCGACAAACAUGGGCUUGCGGGGGAGUUAAAACCAAUCACUAAAAUUAGGUUUCAGUUCUGUGGUUUAUGGGCCUAA